UUUGUGUGUGGUGUGAAAAGGAAGGAAACACAUUGACACAGUCCAGUUAAACAUCAUGAAGUGCAUAAACGGAGCCUUUAUCAAAAGUGUGUUUAGUUGUGUGUUUAGUUUGAGCUGUUCAGACUCUGAGGAUGGGAGCCUCUCUGCUCUGGACACUGCGGUCCAUCUUGUUUUGUGUCGCCGUCUGCAAACAGACAACAGUCCCCACUGUGAGUCCGGGUCAGUUGGAGGUAUUUGUGGGAGAGAGUCUGAGUCUGAUCUGUGAGGUGGAGGGAGCAGACACAGAGUGGACCUAUCACUGGAGCAGGAACAGACUGAACCCACCUCCAACAACCAGAGAAUACAGAGUGUCCAGAGUGACUGAGUCUGACACAGGAGCCUACAGCUGCAGAGCCCAGAGAGGCCCACACCUCACCACUGUGUGGAGCAGAACCACCACUGUCACUGUACUCAGUGAGUCUGUGUUCUGUUUACACUGUGACUUUACAAAGGAGCAGGUGAAUGAAGAUGUCGCUAAAGGAGCAUCCAGCAUUGCACCAUUUGUGUUUUUGUCUGUUGAUCCAGUGACCAAUCAGAGCUCUGCUGAAGAUCAUGUGACCAGCAAUGACCACACCUCCUCUCCAAAUGUGUUUUGUGUCGCCGUCUGCAAACAGACAACAGUUACAGGUGACAGGGCGACUCUAGAUGUCACUCAACAGUCUGUGUAUCUGAGGGAAAAAGUGACUGUGACGUGCAGAGGUCAUGGAGAAAAAGAACUGAAGUUUUACAAAAAUGGGAAACUCGUACAACAGGACAAACAACAUGUGCUGUUACUAAGUUCAAGAACUUCGACUCUGAAAUUUAAUUCAGUGUCAAAAUCAGAUGGGGGUUUGUAUUCGUGUGGGGCCAGUGAGGAAACACAAUCCCCUGAGAAAGAACUGAAAGUGACAGAAAGUACCCGCAGAGUUGAACUGACUGUGUCAAACACAGAAAUACCAGUAGGGGGCAGUGUGACACUGAGCUGUGAUGUAGAGGAGUGGAAUGAAACACUCCAGUGGUUCAGACGAGAACCUGACUCUUUAUUUAAAGAAUAUAAUGUUUCCAUUGUUGAACAAACUCUGAGUGUCUCUCAUGGAGUGUACUUCUGCAGAGGAAAGGAUGAUCAUUUCACCACAAAACAAAGUAACAACGUCACUGUUGUGAACACUGUCCCCACUGUGAGUCCGGGUCAGUUGGAGGUAUUUGUGGGAGAGAGUCUGAGUCUGAUCUGUGAGGUGGAGGGAGCAGACACAGAGUGGACCUAUCACUGGAGCAGGAACAGACUGAACCCACCUCCAACAACCAGAGAAUACAGAGUGUCCAGAGUGACUGAGUCUGACACAGGAGCCUACAGCUGCAGAGCCCAGAGAGGCCCACACCUCACCACUGUGUGGAGCAGCACCACCACUGUCACUGUACUCAAUGCCAGUAUGAACCUGCAGACUCCAGUCCAGGCUGUGUAUCGGGGAGACUCAGUGACUCUGGUCUGUUCUGGUCCUGCUCAGAGACAGUUACUCUUCUUCAAAAAUGGAUCACCUGUUCAACAUCAGCCUCAGCACAAAUCUACAACAACAGUCCAACUGAAGAUCACAGUGUCAGAAUCAGACGAGGGUCAGUACUCCUGUGGGAUCAAUGAGGAAGUACAGUCACACCCCUGGAGACUCACAGUAACACAAACACAACGCACUGUCACUGUGAGACCAUGGCCCUCAGUUAUUCCAGUAGGGGGCAGUGUGACUCUGAGCUGUGACAUAGAGGGGUUUACAGGGGGAUACAGAUGGUUCAGACGUGGUUCUUCUCAAACAGACACAUUACCUGAGACCUCACAGAGAGUCAGUGUCUCCAGAGGAGGAGAGUACAGCUGCAGAGGACAGGACCAGUUCAUCCUCACACCUCAAAGUCCUGCAGUCACUGUCAGACAAACUGUUCCCAACACAGUGUCUCUGACUCCAAACUGGUCUAAGUUAUUUGUGGGAGAGAGUCUGAGUCUGAUCUGUGAGGUGGAGGGAGCAGACACAGAGUGGACCUAUCACUGGAGCAGGAACAGACUGAACCCACCUCCAACAACCAGAGAAUACAGAGUGUCCAGAGUGACUGAGUCUGACACAGGAGCCUACAGGUGCAGAGGAGUCCAGCCUCACGCAGUCACUGAGUGGAGUGACCCCUCCUUUGUCUGGUCUGGAGAUGCUGAGUCUCCAGUGUCUCUCUCGGUCAGUCCUGACAGAGCACAGCACUUCACUGAUGAUGUCAUCACUCUGAGUUGUGGGUUCAACUCCACUGGAGCAGACAGCACAGUCUGGAGGAGGUUUUCUGAUCACAGAUUAUCACAACAGUGUAAGUGGAGUAAAUCUAAAUGUGAGUUUAGUUUACGUGAGGAAACCAGUGCAGUGUUUUGGUGUGAGUCUGGAUCAGGAGAAAUGAGCAAUGCCGUCAACAUCUCAGUCCACAGGGACAUCAUCCUUAUGAGCCCAGUGAGUGCAGUGACUGAGGGACAGUCUGUGUCUCUCAGCUGUAAACUGAACACAGGGACUUUUACUUCAGUUCAAUUUUAUAAAAAUGGAAAAAUGAUUCAAAAUGGGACUGAACCAGAGCUCAACAUCACUGCAGUGUCCAGGUCUGACCAAGGCUUUUAUAAAUGUGAGGGACAACGGAAACUACGGCCAACACCAAAGACUGUCAUAUCUCCAGAGAGUUGGAUGUCGGUUAAAAGUGCACCCAAAGGCGAGCGCUCUGCUCUUGCUGUGAUGUGGGUGGUUGGACCUGUGUGUGCAGUGGUUUUACUCACAUUACUGCUGCUUCUAUGGCGUUUUUUAAAGACUAAAGACUUGUGCUUUCUGAGGACCAAUCAGAGCUCUGCUGAAGAUCAUGUGACCAGCAAUGACCACACCUCCUCUCCAAAUGAUGUUACUUAUUCCGUGGUUGAACUAAAAAGUAGAAGAGUGAGGAACAACCCCCCACAAGACGAGAGCUGUAUUUAUUCUGAUGUGAUUCCACACUCUUCAGGUACAGGAUUUAAAACUCUUUACUUCUAUUAUAAAAAGUCCCAGAUUGUGCAUGUGGCUCAGUGGUAG